AAAUGAUAGUCUUGCCAGACCUUGAUUUCCGUUCGCGCCGCAAACACAGCGCAAUAAUUACUAUUACCAAGCAUAAUGGAAGAAGGGUCCAAAUCAUGUUUCACCAAGUUCUCCAAAAGAGAAUCAUUGGUGAUCUUUGCUAUGUCGUUGUUCCUCUUUGGGUUGAUGUUUGUGAGGAUAGAGGUUGUACAUAGGAAGGCAGAGGUGAUGGAAGCAAAACUUGUAAAGCGAAUUCAGCGAAUCGAAGACGAAAUGCAAAGGAAAGUACAGACUAUUGUGAAGGAGAUGUUACUGACAGAGGGAAAAACUACGACAGGAGAUUCAAGAGUUUAUGCAAGCGUGGGUAAGUCUAGAACUACUGUUUUUGAAUAUACAGGACGUAGCACAAGCACUCGGGAGCACUUACGAUCAGGAUUAACCGCUUGACACUUCAUUAUGUUAAUUUUAAAUGUCUACAAAAAAAUAAUUCGCCCAAAGAUCGCUUUAAACCAUUAACUAAGUAUCAUGGGGAAUUGUUUAUUGUUGCCGAGGAGAAAAAUCACACAUCAUUUUAAAUUUGGUCAACGACUAGCGUUUUCAUGCAUAAGGUUUAAUUAAUGCCAAGGUACUAGUUUCAGCUGGGUUUGUAUAAAAUUUAAAUAAAAGUUUUCGCCUAAAGUUUCAGUCAACUUGGUAUACCAUACGCGCCUCAUCUUCAUCUCUACGGUAUGUUUAUCUAAAAUGAUUAUGUUUGUCCGACGGCGUUAAAACUUAAUAUUUGGUAUAUAGUAUGUAGUUCAUACAUUUAUAGUCUGUGGGCAAGGACAGAUGUCCAAUUAACUGUUUUUUUUUUACCGCAAUGGUCAUCAGAGGUCGCGUGAAAUCUGACGCUCAGAAGGUGAGUUCCUGUUUUUUUCUUAACAGAUUUUCAAGAAACCGUAGAAAGCGUUCCAGGUCAGCAUCUACGAGAAAGACGAAAUAUAGCCCCGACAGCUGGUGCAUUAUCUUUACAGCAAAUUCGCCAGGAAAUCGACAAGAAAUUCACACAAGUGUGCAGCACAGCUGAUAAGCUCUGUCAAACAGGUCAACAGGGACUCAAGGGAGAAAAAGGUGCCCUUGGGUACCCUGGAUACAAGGGAGAAAAAGGAGCACCUGGGAAAACUGGCCCUCGUGGUCCUAAAGGCCUCACGGGAACUCAAGGCAUCAGGGGAAAACAAGGGCCUACAGGGUCGCAGGGAUCCAACGGAGAGAAAGGCGAAGAAGGAGCUGUUGGUUCCCGUGGAGCAAAAGGAGACACUGGGCGUAUGGGCCCACCAGGCGAAAAAGGCUCUGUUGGAUUUAAAGGAAACAAAGGAAACAGAGGCUUUACUGGUAUUCAAGGACCAAAAGGCGAAUGUGUUGUUCCCCCCAAAAUAUUUGUUUCUCCAGAAUCUCAGUAUGUGUUUCUAAACAAGCCGGCAACUUUUUAUUGUUGGGUUCAAGGUCAAUCGUUUAAGAAAAUAACCUGGCGCAAGUUGGAAGGUAACGUGCUCCGGGACAUUAGUACAGCAAAUGGUAUUCUUCAUAUCAGUUAUGUCCAAAGAUCACACACUGGAUCAUACUUGUGUACGGUCGUCACUAGUUAUGGAAUAUUCCGAGCAGUGACCACUCUAGGAAUAAAAGGUAAGACACCUCUCCUUCCAUGGCUUUAUUGCAGAACGGUAAUUACUUUGUGGUACGACAAAGAGAGUUAUAGAUGGUGUUGUUUACAAUUUCUUUUACUUGAAUUCAUGCAUAUAAUUUAAUUUAAGAUAAAUUUCCAAGCAAAAGUUGCUUUCUAGAGUUGAAUUCUAAAGACUUGAUUAUAAUACAAUUGUCCGGAUCGUCUCCAUUUGAGCGCGAUCGUUUUGUGUCGAUCCUCAGCUUUGCUUGUCUCGCUCUGUCGUCCUAGUCUCCUUCUCAGCCGUUUUUUGAGUCGUCGCAAAAUACAGUUACGCUGUCGUUCGGAUCGGAUCGCGACAUCAGAUGUUUUCAAGUGACGUCGUUGUCUUGCAGUUAUUGACAAAGAAAUGCGGCUGGAAAUUAUGCACUUGCAAAAUUGUUGUUUUGCGUUUGUUUUUGACGCCGUUCUCGUCACCACUAUUUGUUUAUUUUAGCUUAGAUUGUCAUUACCAAGAUGUCUUAGAUAUAUCGCUAUCAGAUCUUUAACCUAGGAAGAAUCCUCAUUAUUUCUUUUGCUGAUCACAUCAAUACAGCAUCACCGAUAUUAACAAGAAAGCCUCCACCUCAAGUGUUUGCGGACGUAGGAUCCACCGUGAAGCUCUGUUGUGAGGCAGAUGGUCUCGUGGCGUGGUCACGAUCAGGAACAGCUCUCGCCUCGCUCCCAUAUUUCCAGAAGGAUGGAUGCCUCACCAUAAGAAGUGCGAGAAGAGAGAGGGCUGGGGAAUACACUUGUCGUGCAUCCAACCAGUUUGGAAUAUCGGAAGCAACGUCUGAAGUAAUUUUUACAGGUAAUGUUAUUUGUCAUAGACAAUUUUUUUAACGUCCCGACGCUGUCUAAUGUCUUUUAAAAAUAAAACAUGAUUGCAAAUAUUUCCGGAUGAAGCAAAAAGCAAGGUCAUUUCGACUGAUCACAGAUCUUCUUUGUAAUAAUCUUUCUAAGUCAUGGACCCUUAUUAUUGUCCACGUCACAUAAUAAUUUGUUUCUGUUAAAAUAGCCACUAACGCCAUGAGUGAGUUUUCUUCAAGUUUUAUGAGCACAAAUGGGUACUCUCCCAGCCACCGAAAAUAAACAGGGUGACCCAAAAGUUGGCUCCUCUACUUUAUAAGUCCGUAAUUCAGUACGAAUGGACUUGAUAAGAAAAUCGUGUACUUUCAAUCUAAUUAAAUAUUUCAUAAUCGUUGUGCCUUCUUUUGGGUGAAACAUUCGAUUUGUCUAUUUUCACGCCAAAGUUGCGCUCGCGCGUGCAUAAAUUCCCACCACAUUUUCUUUGUAUUUUGUAGCCCGAAUUGCUCUAACUCUUUCCUUGUCUUUUGUGAUUAACAUGAAGGCGGAUGAACCAAAAACUCUCAGCUACAUGAGAUCAUAAGCAUUUAUACUUCUAUCUACUGCCUUAUUAGUAAAAACAAUGCUAAAAUAACUGAAAAAAUCCGAAUGUUAGUUGGUAAAAUGGUCUCAUCGAGAAAUAAAAUUAAUGUUUUGAAGACAAUAAACGACGGGGAAGACCGAAAGUAGCUAAUAUUAAAAGUAGUUUUAAAGAAGGCUAGGCACAAAAGAGGAAAUUCGACGAGGUAGCUCUCACAACAGUUUAGCACGUUAAGUCAGGAGCAUGGUCAUGAAAAUUAAGAAUUUGUUCAUGCUUAGCGUGCGUAUAUCGAGUUAUGGAUGCACGCGGGAAGUUUGGAGAGCACGAAAGAUGCGUAAGAGUUGCACGAGGCGAUAGCCGAGUGCAACUCUAGCUUCUUGAGUGCUCUCCAAACUUCCCAAGUGCAUCCAUAACUCGAUAUACGCACAGCUAAAAGCAUGAGCAAAUUCUUUUAUAACAUAGCUCACAAAAAUGCAUGCUUUUUGAUUAACUGCAAAAUUCUCUUAACGUAUGACACAAUAACAAACGGUUCUAUUGGCUGAUUAUGAACACGCCACAAUCGUCUAGUUUGAAUGAAAAUAUCCUUUCUGUAAAGGUGAGAAAGAAAAUUUGCUUCUUUAUUCGUUAACGAUCAAUGGAAACUAAGCAGAAACAAAGGUAAAAGAGUCUUAAAGUUCACCUAAAGUUAAAACUAACAUGUUCAUAAGAAGUCGUGGAGUAUGAUUUGGAUUUGCUGAAAAGAUGUUUACGUUUUGCUCGGCGAAAUCUAGAAAACAUGUUUUUAGUGAAGACGACUGUCAUCCUUCUUUAAACUUAUAUUCAUUUACGAACAUUGGCUGGUCAUUACGGCUUCUUGAGGAGACCUGGCAGCAGUUGUUUUUGUGAGUAAUAAAUUUAUGUCUUCUUGUGUAAUUUGUGUUGUUAUUGCGAUAGAAAUUUUCCUGCUUCAGUCGGAUUGUCCGGAGAUAACAAAAGUGCAUAACAAAUUUAAAAACAGCAAUAAAAACGGAAAUUUUGCCUUUAAAUGUUGUUGGUGACCAGUUGGUGUCUGUUCUGUUCCCAGUGAAUGUCUUUCGGCCAAAAUUUGCUGCAGCUGGUCUUCGACAAAUUUGCGAACGGCGCGCAACUUGCGAGAUUUUUUAUUUUAAUUCGGCUUUAUUUUUGCUGCUGGUUGGAUCAGGACCUAAAAGGUCAAUGCCGAUAGAAAAAUUGGGCAGUUCUUGGCUGGUUUCUUCCAUAUUCUAAAGAGAAGGAAAAGGGUACUACAGCUUAAAAGACGACAACUUUGCACCCAGGUAAAAAAAAAUGCUCACGUCAUCUUAUUUACGCACGGGCGUGCGUAAAUAAAGAUUUUGUUCAUAGCGGCUCAAUAGGAGUUAUAUAGGGCAAGCACGCGCGCUAUGUUAUAAGCGAAGUUUUGAGACCCCCGAGAUUGCAAAAAAACCUCCUCUCUGUCCGCCAAGCAACGUUCAGCUUGUCUCAAAUUUGAAACGAAGUACAAAAGCCUUACUGUGGAAAGAAGCUGGUGGGAUGAUUACGGCCUUUUUUGGAUGAACGUCGAAAUAUUUGUUUCAGCUGCCUAAUCUGAGAGAUUAUAUUGUUUGGGGGUUGAAAUGCCUUUUGCAUACCAGGUGACAAAAAAGUUUAAAAUGGAUCAUCUGGAUCUAUACACGCUGCAUGACACGUCCCAUCCGAUGCUGCAACGGCUACAGAAUGUGAUAAAAAAAACAAAAGAGGGCAUGCAGGAUACUGAACUUCUGCAUACAAGUACUUGGUAGAGCAAUCAACAUCUCGUAGCAAUUUCAUGUUAAAAUUUAAUUUUGAUCAAACGUUAUAGAGCAUGAAAUAAGAGGGACGAACUUUUGGGACACCCUGUAUAAAUUGACCUGAUCAACUGACAAAAACAUUUUUGACGAUGGCUCAAUCGCUCAUAUUGAUUUUUAUUUUCAGUGACUAAUAAAAGCAUUUUUGUGUCGCGGACUAUACAUGCCGUCAAUAGUGCGUUAGGGAUGUUUUAGGCCUUUUCUUUGUGGAUUUAAUUAACUUUUUGAGUGGCAUAAAUUAACACCGAUAACGUCGUUAUUAAUAUAGGAUGAUGUCAUAGUUUAUUUUCAGAUGGCAAGAAGCAAGUGACGUCAGAAUACCCAAGGGUUGAAGUCAUCAAAAAAUGUUGAGAUCAUAAUCUAUAAAUAGAAAAGUGAUAUCAUGUCCCUACUUGGUCAUGAUGUUGUCAUAUUUAUUCAGGUAAGAUGAUAUCAAAAGAAGAAAAAGGGGUUAGGCGAAUGUGAAAUCGUGCUGAUUUUUUCGGGCAAAACAUGAAAACGAGUUCGAAGCGCAGCAAAGCAAAAAACUGCCUGUCAAUCAAAAAUGUCAAUCUUUGUUUACUUGACUCUGUAGAAAGUAUUGUAGAAGGUAUACAAAUCCUAUAGAAAGCAACAGGUGGUUCUAAAGUAAACCCUUACUCUUUUGGUUUUUAAAUAAACUCCAUUCUGGUACCUAAUGAAUGGAACGUCUAUAAAAAAAUAUGAAUAAGAGGUGAGAUCUCUUAGCAACGCGAGAAACGACUUAUGUCUUCUAUUUAGCGCUAAAAAAAUCGGAUAUAUAAACAAAGAACACACAAAAGAUACAGAAAGUGAAGCUGAAAACUCUUUAUUUCAGUUUUGACUGACCAUUACAAAACCAUUUUCUCCGUUCUAUCUAGAGGAAACGACUAACUAUUGAAGUCUCUAUUGAAGUCUCAGCCCUUGGUGAGUUUAUUGUCUUGUUUCACGCGCCGUUUGUCAGUUAAUUAUGCGAGUUAAAGGGGCUAUGUCAGCUGGAAAGCAUGCGCUCUGAGGUUAUGCAAAUUACUUUCAACUGUCAAAAUUCUAUUGUUUUUAACGCGUGACUUUCUCCUUGUUCUCUGUCACGUCCAAGGCUCCGAAUUUAGAGAGGUUAACAAGCGAAAUAGGUUUAGAUAAGGGAUAUUUCGAUAGAAUUUACGGAACGUUUCUUCUUUGGUUAUGCUAGAUCAAGAAUAAAAUUGUGACGACAAUUUUACUUGUAGUUUUGGCGUAAAAACGCAUGCCAUUCAUAAAAUAGUGCGCAAACAAAAAUUCAACAACAACAUAUUGUCUUAUUCAACAAAAUAAAUCGAAGUUGUAUUUUACAAACGAGCUACAAAAGACGCUACACCGAAGAUAAAGACCAAGACUGUUUCAAAUCAUUAACAAUUAGACUUAUCUGUCGCUAGUGAUUUCAUAAUUUAGAUGCUGAUCGAACAAGAGACAUCAAGUCUUUGUUUUGAUCUUAGGGAAACAUACAUUAUCGCGCAAAAUUGUUCGAUCGUGCCGAAUCGAGAAAAACAGAACCAAGCAUCAUUGGUAUACUACUCCACUAUAAGCAGUCCGUUGAUAAAAAGGAAAAGUAGACUCUGCUAUUUUCCAAAAAUAUGCUCGAACACAAACAGUUCAAAAACAUGGCAUUUACAGGAUCUAACUCGUACUAAGGCGCCUCUCUAAGUCCGUUGAGAACAAUCUGGACGAGCAAACGGUCGUGUUUAUCUUUGCCGUGAAUCCAUAUAAAUACAAGAAGGAAUCUAGCCGAAUUUUAUAAUGUUUCCUUCGCCAGGAGUUUCGUUUGGUCGCGAAACUCAUGGCCUGAUGCUCUUGUAAUCGUUUACCAAAAACGGCCGCCGCCAACUCGAUAGCCGCUUCAUUAUAUGUCCACAUAUUUUGAGCACAAGAAAAAUCCAAGAGCCAGCAACCUCUAAAAUAACUCAAUAGAAAGGUUCUGUGAACUAUAGGAAAGAUUCCAUCAAAGAUUCCAUCACUCAUCGUGGAGUAGCCGUCAUUAACUCUGCCAUUACAACGGCCGCUGAUAAGAGGACACAGUGAAUCCACGUAAAAACAUUCCACAGGCAAACAAUUUCAAAAUAACGCCAAAAAAUUAUUCUGUAAUCACCAUAGAACGAUUCUUAAUACAAAACUUCGCUAACUAUCGAGCAAUGGCUGAGAUUUAGACAGAUAAAAACAGCCUUCCAAAAUCUCCGACAGAACUUGAAAAAGACGGGCCAACUUUUUCAAGUUUGUUUUCAUUGGCUCGCGCAUGCGUGUGGGGUGACAUAGCCCCUUUAACAAGCCCACAGUUUCAUACAAAUUGGCUCCACAGUAAAAACGCCAAGGCAGAACCUUGACUUAUUAUUAUAAAAACACAAAACAAUUAAUAGCUUAACAAGGAUCAAUUGAAACACGCGACAAAUAAAUUGAUUUUCGCAAUAAAACCAGACACGAGACACCAUUUUAGAAACUUUAUUUUUUUUAAACUUUAUUGAAAACCAAUGACAAAAAGAGUCAAAUACACAGCUAUUUGAAAGGAAUGAAAAAUCAGUCAUAUCCUUUGCCCGUUAUAUGGAGUACUUGUAAGGUUUGACUCGAGCUUUCUUAUGCCGGGUUCGUUUCUUCUGCUUGCCAUAAGCAUCAUUAACAUCAUCCAAGUACUUUCCAAAUUGAAUCCGACGCCUUUUGCACUUCGGGGCUUGUGAUGGGGUUUCUACUGUGGGAGGAGGGGUCAGGAAAGCAGGAUUUAAGGGUGGUGGUGGGGUGGAGCUUUCUUUUUCAGGUUUUUGUAAGAUAGCCGCUUGUGUUAAUUUAGGUGUUACGUUGAAGGGGAGUUGAUAAUGCUGCCGUUGCUGUCGAAGAAUCUUGUGUGCUUGAUUUUAAGUCUGGAACAGUGCUGUUUAUUUCUUCCGGUCGUGUUCUUGUAUUUAAUUGUUCUUUAAAAGCCAGGUAUCUGUUUUGCAUUUGAAGGUACCGCUUAGCUUUUCAUCGUCCCUAGGAUCGUUUCGAGAAAGCACGUCAUCCAUGUUGCCUUGUAUUUCUUGCAUAGCUGGAAGAAGCGGGACAGGCAAAAGAUUUUGCUGCUUUAGAUAUUUUAAAAGCUCUUGAGAAAUAUUGUCAUGAAACCCUGCUUGGUUAAAAACUUCUUCAAUAGGCAGGUCGCUUGUUCGCAGUCGACAAAUAUCUUGUGUGGUGGUUUUCGGAUCAAUCAGCAGAAAACGAUAAGGUCUUUUUAUAGCCUAUUAGCACUGAUUAAAAAAGAAAUCAGUUUGCCCAGGAUACAUCUGCUUGGCCAGAGUCAAGAUUUGCAAUUUGUCUCGUGGAUUCUUGAAUAGCACCAAAUAAUGACUAUUUAGCCUGUUAUGCUGCGACUACCUUUCCCCUGAUGAAAUAGAUUCUGCACGAUAUAAAUCACGCUUAGAUUUCGAUGAUGAAAACCACGAGUAAAGAGGUUCACAAAUCGCUUGUCUUUACUGGCGUCAAUCAUCUGAUCAUCAAACACGAUCAAAUUCACUUUCUUCACAUCAAAAUAGGAAUCCUGCUUCAAAGCCGUAGGAGGUCCCUUGAAGAAAUCAAUGUGUGGCAUGGCGACUAGCAUUUCUGUAUACGCAGGUUGCCAUUGUGAAUAACACCAAACGAUCCUCACCAGGGGAGGGUAAAUUGCCUCUGACGCUUAUUGUAAUAGAGAUCGAACCCAGGCUGUUUUUACGGACCCGGUCAUUCCUGCAAUCAUGAAGGUGAAAGGAUGCGCGAAGUGCAACCGCUGACAUUUCCGUGAAGACAUUGAAACUGUUUGAAAUGGUGUGACACCAGCAUUGCGGUGUUUAGACAUCACGUGCCUUUGCAUGCUAUCCUUUCUACUAAAAGAUUUUUCGCAAACGGAACAGAACCAACUCGUGUCAACUCCUCAGGAGCAGAAUGUAGACUGAGAAAAUGGUAGGAUGUUGCACAUUUAUAUAGGUUCGAAGGCCAUAAAAUUCUAUAGUUUUCCUCCACCACCACCACAUUUCUAUUGCUUUCCUCCACCACCUCCACCACACCACGACCACCACCACAGUAGUAUAGUACAUGGGGGUAUCGAGACACUCACAACGUUUGUGUCCCAAAUACACCCCAUAUACCAUACAACUAGGGGGUUUCGUCCUCCAUUUGAACGAUUUUGAAUUUUCAGGUUUUUCCGGUUUUUUCACCACUCAUUUCACCUAUAUUAAUGCAUCAAAUGGGGGCCAUUUGGGAGGCCCAUUUAAGACGGUUGGUCCCGAUACCCCCACGCCCUGAGGGGGGGAUUUUAAAUUUGGUGACAUCAGCAUUUUUUCUGAUUGGAAUUUUCAAAAUGGUUUUUGGGUGUGGCAAAUACGUUUUGAAUUUGACAUUCAGUUUGGGGGAGGGCCACGCCCUUUUUCCUGGAAUUUGUUGCCAGAUUGGGGAAUUUCCAGGAAGACAAAAUGGCUUAAAGAAAUGUCGCUUUAUACUAGUAUGCCAAUGAAUAGUGCAGAUAUGACUACACAAAAAAGUACCCUGAGAGAGGGACAAAGGUACUUGAAAUGUCGCUUUAGUUUAUACUAAUGUUACACAAGUAUUGAGUUCAACAGUCAGUUCAACUGCUGGUUUUAUAUAGUAUUUGUGGAAUUUGUGAACUCAAAACUUGUGUAACAUUAGUAUAAAGCGACAUUAAGUACCUUUGUACCUUUUUUACACCUUACACUUUUAUAUGCUAAUUCUUUAACUUUUUUCUUACUUACUUGAAAAUGACCGAAGAUCGGUAGAAACGUCGUUUGUUAAGUUUUAUAAAACCUUGACUUAUUUUUGAUUGACAGGAAGUUUUUCGCUUCGCUGCCCUUCGGCCUCGUUUUCAUGUUUUUCCCGAAAAAAUCAGCACGAUUUCGCCCUCGCCUAACCCCCGUUUUCCUUCUUUUGAUAUCAUCUUACCUGAAUAAAUAUGACAAACUCAUGACCAAAUAGGGACAUGCUAUCACUUUUCUAUUGAGAGAUUAUGAUCACAACAUUUUGAUGACGUCAAUGCUUGGUAUUCUUACGUCUCUUGCUCCUUGCCACCUGAAAAUAAACUAUUACAUCAUCCUAUCUUAAUGAGAUGCAUGACGUUAUCGGUGUUAAUUUAUGCCACUCAAAAAGUUAAUUAAAUCUAUAAAGAAAAGGCCUAAAACAUCGCUAACCCACUACUGCCGUCCUCUCCGCAGUCAUAUAAUGUACCAGAUUCCUGCCAAGUUGGUAAAAACCAAAUGCUUUAAGAAUCAUUGUAGGUCACGGAAAAUACAUUGGUGUAUGUUACUGAAACACCCGAAACCAAUAAAUUGAAUAGAAAGCAGACAAAUAUGCCAAGAAAGAAACAAAUUUAAACAUGAACCAUGAUAGCCCGAGUGAAUAACUAGCAAUAGUCUCAGCAUUAGCAAUAGGGAAAUGGAUGGAGGUUAAUUAAUUAAUUAAUUAACUUUUCAGAGUGCAUAUUAUUGUUCUCUUCUGUUUUUUCUGCUUAUUUAUACCUCGAGAAGGCGAUGCAAUUUAAAUGACCUUCUAGAUACUUUUGUAUUAUUUAUCUUUCAGGGUGUACAGUUCAAUCCGCCAAGGUACAAUUCACCUUUUAUAAAGUUUAUUUAUGUUUAGAAUAGUUAUUAAUUCAUAGAUUUUCCACAUAGGCUCUCAGCGGAGCGAAGUUUUUUUGGUAGCGCCAUCUAACCAGACCCGCAAAAUUAUAAUCAUAUUACUUGCCUUACUUGCGUUCCAUCAACACUGCACCAUCCCCCUCCCCACCACCCCCCCCCCAAUGACUUUUCGUGUACGCUCGAGGGAUGAUAUUGCACUGUUCAGUUUUUAAACAUUAUUAUAAUAUAAAAAAUACUUUUUUAAAAAAGGCAGAAAAUUAUAUUGCCAUCAAAAUUUUAGUGUUUACUGUUCAACCACCAAGCUGGAAUCCUUCGUGUAAAAGAUUUUCUUCCAAUUUCAGAGUUACUGUCACUCGGGCUGGAUGUUGAUUGCUCGGUUCUCUAACAAUGACGGCAAAAACUGGAUGAAAGACAGUGGUGACUGGUGGUAUGACCGACGAAAUGCUACUGGAGUAACAACUGAUCCGUCAGUCAAUGCUGACAUGAUCUCACCAGCAUUUUGGCUGCUCAAAGGCGGGGAGUUUAAGAUCACGCGCAGUGAUGAUUCCAAUCACACGCCACUGUUGCAGACCACAGGGAACUGUUUGGAUGGAAAAACUUUUCGAUCAAAAAUCACAAGUUAUGGCAACUUUAGAAAUGGCAAAAAUUGGUCCAGUGACAGGUGCCUGGGAAACUGCACUAUUCAAUAUGGUGGACAAUACAAGACAACAGACGGGUUUCAACAGGCUGAGUGUAGUAGCAACAUCCAAAGCAGCAACAAGAUCGGCUUCUGGUGUGACUAUGGUGUUGGUGAUGGAUCAGUGAUGAUGAUUGGUGGGGGAGGAGAGGACUGUAGCCGUGCUGAUCACGGGAUUGGAAUAACAGAAGCGAACCAGGCUUCUUUCAUAGAACAGAGCAGUGAUGAAACUGAAAAUGACUUUGGAUUUCACAGUGUCCAAGGUACUGGAGGUCAAUCCCAGUCAUCACAGUCCUACUCUUUAAACUUGUGGAUUCGCUGA